AAAAACAGUUAUUGGGUGGGGAUGUUGGCUAAUGAGACAUGAACAACCCACCGGACCUGCAAAUUCAAAACCUACCGCUACACUUGCAGCAUAUUUAAAAGUGGAUCUGCAAUGUGGUCAUUGCACCUAAAUCAAACUUUUCCUUUGUCACAAUGGCCAAUUAUUGAACAUAUCAGUUGCCAACCUAAAUGUAUGUAUUCUUUCACUUCAAUGAAAGUUUGUAAUGAUAAAUGGCAAAUAACAUUGUGGCAAAACAGGACGAAACACAAUGUAUUGUAUAUUAAUAGCUAUGGAAUAUUUUGGGGAAAUGCAUGCAAAUUAAGUGAGAGAGAGCUGCACGAAUUUAUUUGCAAAAACAGUAAAUGGAAGCGCAAAAAAAUAAUUAAGGAGAAUAACGAAACAAGUCUGGUUUUGAGACUGAUAAAUAAUGAAAUAAUUAAAAUGAAAAACCUGUUUUUAUUUCAUGACAAAAAGCAGAAUAUAACGGUGCGCAGGAGCGCUGUGUGGCUCUGAUGCGUCCUCACGUCCUCCUUCCUCCCAGCAAGGAGACUCCUCUCCUCAGACCCUCCCACAUUUUUGUGUGUGUGUGUGUGCGCGCCUCGGAUGACAUCACUGCUUUAAAUAAUCCCGUUGCUUCUUCCCGGCCGUCCUUAUCAUCACUACUCACCCAACGUACACCGCGUCGCGGUUCAACACGAUGUGUUUGUAGCUGAGCUUUGGUUGAAGUUACACAGCAACGUUGAAACAAAUCUCCUCUGGCAGACACCGCUGCCUCCUUGUCCGCUUUCAUUAAUUAGUCCGUUGUGCUUCCAGCACCGGGUUCCUCCUUUGGGGAGAAAGAAAAAGCGCAGACUAGGCUUCAGUGCGGGGAGAAGAGGACCGAGCUAAGUCGGGCGUGGUAGCAAGAAGAAAAAAACUCAUCUUUGUUAGCAAAACUUCAAAAAGUAGCAGCCGCAAUGUCGCUGUCGGUACCGCAGAACGGAGUAAAGGCGGAUAACGAGCCCGUUAUCGAGCUGUUCGUGAAGGCGGGAAGUGAUGGCGAGAGCAUCGGGAACUGCCCCUUCUCCCAGAGACUCUUCAUGAUCCUGUGGCUCAAAGGAGUCGUCUUCAACGUCACCACGGUGGACCUCAAGAGGAAGCCAGCAGACCUCCAGAACCUGGCCCCGGGCACACACCCCCCCUUCAUCACCUUCAACGGCGAGGUCAAAACCGACGUCAACAAGAUCGAGGAGUUCCUCGAGGAUGUCCUCUCUCCGCCCAAGUACAUGAAGCUUGGUGCAAGGCACCCAGAGUCAAACACAACUGGUAUGGACAUCUUCGCCAAGUUUUCAGCCUUCAUUAAGAACUCAAAACCAGAUACAAAUGAGGCUCUGGAGCGCGGCCUCCUGAAGACGCUGCAGAAGCUGGACGAGUAUCUCCGCUCACCGCUGCCCGACGAGAUCGACCACAACAGCAUUGAGGACGUCAAGGUCUCCGACCGCAAGUUCCUGGACGGUGACGAGAUGACCCUGGCUGACUGUAACCUGCUGCCCAAGCUGCAUAUAGUCAAGGUGGUGGCCAAGAAGUACAGAGGCUUUGACAUCCCCAAAGAGAUGACGGCCAUCUGGAAGUACCUGAACAUCGCCUACACGCACGAGGAGUUCACCAACACCUGCCCCAGUGACAAAGAGAUCGAGAUAGCUUACGGAGACGUAGCCAAGAGGCUGGUCAAAUAAGCUCCUCCCUCCAUCCCUCACCCCUGUCACCCCCCCCACCCCCCACCUCUCUCCACACUCCCCUCCACCGAGAUGCUCUUUCACGAGAACGAAAAAAAAACUCUGGACUUCUUUUCCUUCUCUCCUCAUCUAGAGCGAACCCCCAGAAAUGCAUGAACCCUUUUUUUUUUUUUUUUUUUUUUUUUUUUUUUAGUUGAUUCAGCAAAAAGGUCCCCGUUGUUCCACCUUUAUUCCUCAUUUAUUUCCUUUUGUUUUUUGUUUGCCGCAGAAUGUCAUGAGGCGGAGAAGAAGCAGCCAGACGUGUGUAUCAGUGCUUAUCAGUGUCGGCGGGGGGGGGGGGGCCCCUCGUCAAACACACUCCCUGAUAAGCACAGGGGGGCAAGGUCACAAGCUGCUGUUGAUUUUUCUUUUUUCUUCUGUUGUAUGUUGAAUCGCUCGUUUCUAGCAUUGCUUUAAAUGGAGAACCGAGCUUUGGGCGUAUUAAGAGGCAUUGCAAACAGUGUUGAAGCUUCAGUGUUUUUUUUUUUUUUUGGGCUCAAGUAUUCGGCAGGUUUCAGCCGGAGCUGAUCCAAACGUGAUUUGGUCGACGUAUCAUGCGAGAGAUGCUUUAUUUCAAUGUCGAGCUGCUUAAGAUAAAUCGAAACAAUUGUAACGGCAGUUAAAGCUACCUGUUAUCCCGGCUCUGAUUUCCUCAUUGUCUCCAGUAGCUCAGCUCAGCAGAAUUGUAAGGGAAGUUUCCGGUAGCCUCUGCAGAAGUAACGACUCAGGACAAAUCUGAAUUAUCCCACCGUAUGUAGCGCACAGAUUUUGAAGGUUGUGUAGAUGUCUGUGGCCUUUUGUCCCGUCGCCACAGCCAAACUGGCCGAUCUUUUCUUCUCUCGUGAAAGCACGAAGGAAAGUCUUUUGGUCGUGCGGUUUAGAUCACACGUGGCAGACCCAAAAAAAAUACUGGUCUCGCUGUGGAUAGGAUGACUCCAGCUAUGUAAACAAA